AUCCUCCUUGCAUACUCUCGGGAGUCUGCUGCGGCUGGUAGUCUUCUUGUACUUUAGUAAGCGGCUGUGAGCACACAGCAGAGAAGAAAACUUGGGUAAACUCUACGACUUGAGAUGUGAAGACGCACAAAAAGGAGCGAAUAGUUCAGGAUGCAAAGGAUAUUGUUCUGCAGUCUGGGCCUGCUUGUUUGCUUUCACAGCUAUAAAGCAGCCUUUCUCCUGGAAACCAUCACCCAGGUUUGUGAUGUAUCCUACUAUGCCUAUGUUCCUGACAGCCUGCAGUGGAACAGGGCUGGAGAAAUGUGUAAGCAGCGCACUGGGGCGUUAGCUACUGUCUCCAACGCAGAAGAAAACCAGGAGCUUACCAAAUUUUUAAAAUCCUUGAACAUCUCUCAGUCUGUGUGGAUUGCCAAGAAAGUCAUAACACGCAUCACAACGUCCUCCAAGACCCUCAUUCUAAAUUUCACUGGGCGCUCGAACAGGACGCAUGCCCGUCUUCGGUACAGCUUCCCCUCCAUGGGAUCAUUGACUGUUUGCACCCUUCUGCGCUUCAAUCCGCACUGCUCUGGCCAUUCCACAGUCUUUUCAUAUUCCAUUCCGUCAUAUAUUAAUGAGUUCCAGCUCCGUGCAAACCUGAACCAGGGCAAGCCUGUGCAGCUGGCUCUGCUCGUCCAUGGCAUUCACGGGCCUUACCAUGACGCCUUCAACUAUGAUGACUCCUGGCACUCUGCCUAA